AGAGACCUGCAGGUCUUCUGUUUUAUGAGCAAAGCGCUGAGAAUCCGCUUGUUAUGAGCGCUAAACGUUAUUUUGCCGCUGCCGUGCGGAGCGGUAGAGAAACACGUUUCAAACACGGAACCGAGUCUGGUUACCGAACCGAGCAGAAUUCCGAUGACGUCACACCGGUGCGCGAAGGUGCGGGUCCCAACCAACAGGUGAGGAGGGAGAGAGGAGGUAAACAGCGAGUGGAUCACAGGGAUUGAACUGAUGUUUUUGAGGAAACCUGCGGUAAAAAUGGCUGUUCUUGUCAGGUACUGGGUUUGUGGGUUCACAUUUCCUCUUCACAGGUUGUUGGAGGGCUAGGGAGACUCAUAAGGAGACUCCAUCCAGCUAAUUACCUCGGCUGCAGAGUCACCCUGCUCACCUGCAGCCCAUCAUGUAAUUAGACGGGAGGAAUAAAGGAGCCAGUGAAUCAGCCACUCAGCGCCAGAUUGUUAACGUCCAGCCACCUGAAUCUGUUCCUGUUAUCUGAUCUUAUUCUAGUCUGUUCCCUGAAACCUCUGUCUGUCAUCACAGGAUUCCUAGAACCCGUUCUGGAUUACAUCUUUGUGUGGAAGUCUCAUACCAGCCUCUGCAGCUCCCGGAUCUCCCUAACCACGGCUGAAUCCUCCCUGGCUCUGUUCUCCUCCCGUGCGUCUCCUGUUCACCCUCCAACAACCCGUCUCACUGCUCCGAACCUCCACAUCUGCAGCCCCGGCACCGGGCUCACCUCUCCCACGCUCCGCUACAACCAAAUCUCAUGAUCCAAUCUCUAGCUCCGGAACCAGCCCAUCCCUGCCAGCCUCCGCUCACCUCUAAUAAACUAUUUUUUUACUACAUCUCCUGGUCUCUUGAGAGUCAUCUUGUAUGUGGGUCAAAUAUCUAAAUGGAGAAACCAUGACAGUUCUCAUUAUCACGGGUGUACCCCCCCCUUUAGACGUGGCGCUCAUGCAGGUGUCUCUUUCUGUUCUGACGCUGCUGCACGUAAUAUUUUUAAUUUAUUAAGCCUACAAUUUUUUUUACUCCGUAACGGAUAUGAUUAAAAAUGUAGCGAAUUACAAUUUUUUAAAAACUUACUCAAGUAAAAGUACAGAUUUUAAAAACGACUUAAAAAGUAUAAAUAUACUAAAAAGCUACUCAAUUACAGUAACGUGAGUAAAUUUAAUUCGUUACUUUCCACCUCUGCACAUAAAGGAGAUGCAAACCAGACCACGGCAUGACGAUGACGUCACAAAGGAACAACGCUGUCUGAGUCAUUUGGAAUCUUUAGCCAGAGACGACCAGUUUGCUCUACUGACUGUCCUUCACUCAGUGCGUGGUUCUUGUGUUAUUGAGCAGUUUCAGUCAAUAACUGUCUACUUCUAAUCAAAAUGCCUGGACUACAAAAUUAUCGUAUACCCAAAAACGAGCCGGUUCAUCAGGAAAAUUCUCAGCUUAAGGAAAAAAAUGCUGAUUUAAUGCUUGAGACUAAACAUCUGAGGGAACAAGUGAUGGAUCUUAGAAAAAAGCUUUCUGAACAACUGGUGGCCACCAGAAAUAUGGAGAGCAAAUGGCGGGCGAGCGACACAUCUCUGCAAAAGGAGAAAUCUGAAAGGUCAUUACUCCAGUCCAGAUACACUGAAAUGUGUCUUCAAAAUGACAAGCAGUUCACGGAAAUUAAAUACCUCAGGAAACAACUUUCCAAUGAAGUGGAGGCCAACAAAAUGAUGGAAGAGAAAUACCGUAAGUCCAGAGAUCUGGCUCAGACCUACCACAGCAAAAUGGCUCAGGAAAAGUUUAAAAGAGAUGUCGAGAUGACCGUUUUAAACAUAGGUCAACAGAAUUUAUUGUCUGCUAUGAAUAACCUCGAAGGCAAACCUUCCAAUGAAUCUGCCGGCGGGGCUAAGCUGCAGAAACAGCAAAACAAGACUUUGAAACAGGAUUUUAACAACAGAGAGGCUAAACUGUGUUACAAGCCACUAAAAACUUUAGGCCACCACAAUCUGUCAGACGGAGCGCAAAGCUCCCCCAAGACUGUCCAACUGCACACGCCAUUGGAAAUUCAGAAAGGUAAAAGAAAAGCAGAAUGCAUUUCAUACGACGUGGCCACGGCACUGAAAAAGCGACCAAAGAUUCAGCUAGACGAACCACGGGAUUGCACCAAGCUUACCUGGAAUAAGUACAAAGAGCACUACAGAUCAAAUGUUAAUAUGCCUGAGAGCAAAAAACGUAAGAGGGAAGAUGAGACUCCAUCUGCAGAUGAAGGUAAAACAGCUACGUUUACAACUGAGAGAGAGGAAUACAUUUUUAAAAAACUGAAGAGAAACCAAGAAAACGUUUAAAGACACAGCGGCUGUCGUUUAAAGACUGGCCUCAUAGUCUUUACUCAUAUUAGUUUGACGUAUACUAGUCUUUACUUAUACUAGUCUUUACUCAUAUUAGUUUGACGUAUACUAGUCUUUACUUAUACUAGUCUUUACUCAUAUUAGUUUGACGUAUAUUAAUAUUAGUCUUUACUUAUACUAGUCUUUACUUAUA